CACACACACACACACACACACACACACCGGAGCCUCAGCAGCAGCGUGAGAACCCGAGCGGAGCGCGAGAGGAACUGGGACCCGGGGAGCAGUGAAGAUGGACUGUGCAGAAGAUGAGUUUUCUCUUCAUGGUGAAUGUCAGAGGUGUCCACGCUGUCCCCCGGGACAUGAACUGAAGCAGGAGUGUGGCUAUGGUGUGGGCGGAGCCAGCGUAUGUGGUGUGUGUGAUCGACGCUGGUUUAAGGAAGACUGGGGCUCACACUCAUGCAGGAUGUGUCAGAACUGCCAUCGCCUUAACAGACAGGAAAUCACGACAUGCACACACACACACAAUGCUGUGUGUGGAGACUGUCUGCCUGGGUUCUACAGUAAGAGGCGACUGGACGGACUGCAGGAUUUGGAGUGUUUGCCUUGUGGUUCUGCCCACAUCAGACACACACAGUGUGAAAAUAAAGGUACCACUGUUAAAACAUGGAGUUCCGAAGCUCCGCCCCUCAACGUUGCCACAAUGAUGACUGCAUGCUUGACAGCUGUUGCCAUGGCAGCCGUUUUAUUGAUUAUAAUUGUUAUGGUGUGCCGAGGAUUUAACACACUUCGGAAAAUGUUUAAAGGCUGUUUAUCACCCCGCUGUCACCGUGACAUUGCAGCUCCCUCCGUUUCCGUAGCGACGGAGUACAGCGUGACCCAGGAAGCAGAAUAUGGAUGUUUGGACCUCACUGCCGCCUCACUUCCUGUGGAACGCAGCACCCUCUUCAGUGACAUCACUUCCUGUGGUGUCAUCGCCCAGGCGACGGGGUCACACCACAGCGGGUCAGGGCGGGCGGCGCACGGCCCAGUGGAGUGCACAGAGCGAGAGAUUUUACAUGGGCAGAAGAGAACGCUGAUGUCUGAGGUUUGGUUUGUAACAGAAAACACAAGCUUGUCUUUACAAGGAGAACGUUUACAUCCUGAACUUUCACAGCAGGAACAUCUACCAGGACCGGACUCUACAGCUAAUACCGCUAACACCGCUAAUACAGAGAAUACACCUAAUAAUGCUAAUAAUGCAUGUUAAAAUAGAUAAUCAUGCUAACUGCAAUUUACUAAGUAACUAAAUUUAUAAGAAGCAUCUUGCUAAUUCUGAAGCAGAAUGAGUAUUAGCAGUAAGCAUGUUAGCUAACAUGGCACACGACAUUGAUGUGCUUCUGCUAAAAGUAUGAGUUGUUAGCUGCUGAACGAAUACCAAAUGCUAACUGUAUCAUGAGUCACUGAUAUUUCUGUUUCUACUGUGACUGAGAGCUUUUCUGAUUUUCACUGAUUACUGAGGGACUGAUAAAUGUGAUCAUGCUGUUAAUUAACACAGUGCUAACAUUUCUAACUUGAUAAACAGCUAGUUAUCUGCUCACAUGCAAGCUGCUGAUCUGACGUCAUGCUGAUGUUAAACAUCUAUCUAUUAUUAAAGUGUCUCUUUAGUGUUUUAUGUAAUAGACUAGCAUCAAAAACAUUGCUAAAUAUGCUAAUGACCAACAACAGAUGUUCAGUUUCCUACUAGAAGUAUAACUUUAAUCAUUUCUAAAAUAAUAAUUUCAUUUUAAUAUCAAUGCUAAUUUUAAAAUGCCUCAAACAAUGCAAAUCAACACCUGAAGGAUGAGCAUGAAGGUUCUCCUGGAGGUCUCCUGAAGGUUCUGGAGGUUCUCCUGAGCUCUGCAUGUUCUUAGUCUGUAACAUUUCAGGGUGAACCUGAAGCGGAGGUGAACUUCAGGUCAGACACAUGCUAAUGCUUCCAGUCGCGUGGCUAACAUCAGCUCUCACUGGUGAGAUGAGACACGACUCUGCUCCCGUAUUUAAAGUGUUUUCUGUAGAAACACCUGAGUUUCAUUUCCCUCAGUUACUGCCAGAGUUUCUCUGUUCAGUUUUUACACAAUAACCAGAAAAUUGUACAAAAUGUAUUUGAACUUUUGUGUGUUUAUAAGUUGAAGAUUUUUUUUUUUUUUUUUUUACUGAAGUCACUUUGAGUCUG